AUGGCUCUCCCAAGAGCUGUCAGAUGGAUGAAUGCCCUCCUCGGCCUCUCGGUGCUGUUGGUGUGGGCCUUGUCCCCAGCCCACGGGAGCCUCUUGGAGCUGCAUCAGAUGAUCUCAAAGGUGACAGGGAGAAAUGCUUUUCUGCAUUACGGCUUCUACGGCUGCUACUGCGGCCUGGGGGGCAAGGGGCAGCCCAAGGAUGACACAGACAGAUGCUGUCAGCUGCAUGACAUUUGCUACCGAAACCUCCUGGAGCACCACUGUAAUGCCAAGACACGGCUCUACCGCUACAGCUGGCGCCGUGGCAGGCUCUCCUGCGGAGAGGGCUCCCGGUGCAGCUACUUGUCCUGCGAGUGCGACCGCAGCCUGGCGCUGUGCCUGAGGAGGAGCGCGGGCAGCUACAGCAAACUCUACCAGUUCUACCCCAAGAAGCGCUGCUGA